CCAAUGGCAAAACCUGGAGUGGGGGGCACCGAACCUGUCACCGCGUGUUCGAACCAGGGAACGAAAUCGACCUCCAGGGACAUUGGGAGAAAUACGAACCGCUUUUGGACGGAUUCCUCUCCUCAUUAGUACGACAAUGGAGAACCAGCAGACGAACAGCCCUAACCGUAGCACCGCGAAGAAGAAGAAAGCGAGGAAGGAAGAAUUCGAGUUCUGCGAGGUGUGCAAUCUCAAUCACGAUCAAGGCCGACGCCACAUUUACUUCCCGAACCAUAAGAAGUCUCUCUCCUCCUUUCUCUCUCGGUUCAGCGCCAAAUUAUCCGACGUGCGAUUCUUCCUCAAGAACCCUAACUUUCUCCGCCCCGAACACGCCUCUCGCAAUCGCUUCUGGUGCGUCUUCUGCAACCGCGAUGUCGAUGAGCUCGGAAGCUCCUUUGCUUGUAGCAAUGCAAUAAAGCAUUUAGCAAGCUCGGACCAUUCAAAGACUCUGAAGCAUUUUUUCUGGAAAUACGGUGCUGGGAUGGAUAGUGUGGACUCUUUCAGGAUCUCUGAAGACGAUUUAGAAAAGUGGGAAAGAAAGUGUGAGUCAUUGAAGAUUGAAGCUGCAGAACCUAAUGAAGGAUCUUGCAGAUCCUUACCUGGACCUUUGAAUGAUAUCCAUAAUGCACUCAAUUAUCAACAUAUAGGAAAUUUUAAAACAAACACAGUUUACUCUCUUGAAUCAAGUAUUUCAUUUGGUGUUGUGCCUUUACCAUAUUACACAAAUGAGAGAUAUCAGGGUCAGGUAUCCCAUUCAGAACUCUCUGAAGUUGCAAAGGUUGGCUCUCUUCAGCUCAAUGUUACUUCUUCUUUGCCUGUGGGCACACAGUCUAAUACAAAUUUAUGGGGUUCAAAGGAUUUGGCAGUUCCUAGGUAUAACCAGGGUUCUAUCCCUUGUAAUGGUGUGCAUCACUCAGUUGAUGGUUAUCUUAGUAGUGCAGGGGUAUGUGAGCAUGAAAGGAUGGUUAAGGAACAGAGCAGUUCUCAGGGUUUGCAGAAUAUCAAUCAAAUUUCUCCUAUGUCUACGGAAGAGGUUGGAAAUGUGCAUUCUGGAGCAUCCCCUCCUUGGUUUGAUGGGACUGAAGAAAAGAAGCUCAGUGUUCCCCCAAAAACAGUAAUGGAUAGCCUCGUUUCUUCUAAAGCAGGGAAGGCCCCUAGAUUGAACCCUAAGCGGGUGGGAGCUGCUUGGGCAGAGAAAAGAAAGAUUGAACUACAGAUGGAGAAGAGAGGAGAGAUUGUCGCUAAUAAUUUUGAUAAUGAUUGGCUCCCUAAUUUUGGCAGAGUAUGGCAAUCAGGAAGCCGAAAAGAAUCCAGAAAAGAAUUUGAGAUGGAGAAACGGAAGCAUCUCAAGGAUGAAAGUCAAUCUGACACGUCAUUCACGAUCCAGCCUUACAUUAGCAAGCGGAUGCGAAGAGAAGCUUGUGAAUGAUGAUUCUAGUAAUGAUCUUGUUGAGACAGGAUGCGAUUUGAGCUUGUACGUUCUUCUAUUUUUUCUCUGGACAAAGAUCUGAUAUAGGCAGAACAACCACUACCCAAAGGAGCAGAAUUCUGCUCAGAAUUUGGAAGUUUUUUAUUAAGCUUUUGCAGCGAGGAGCGAUGUCAACCAAGAUGCAAUAUGUGCUUGCUGUACUGGCGCAUUUGUUAAUCCCUUAGAUGCAUAUAUGUAUCUUGAAUCUUUGUUUUCAACAACUAGAGGUUUGUUGUGCGGAGAUCCUGCUUGGGAAGGAGGGGGUUUGGGGCAUGCUGCGUAUAGGCGUGCCACGUUGUGAACCAUGGGAAGGGAAUAUAUGUAAUUUAUCCGUUUUUAGUUUCAUUUGCCACCAUGUAAUUUGACAAAUCGUAUAUUUUCUGCAUGUUCAGCCAUGAAUAAACAGAGAUGCACAGCUGCAGCAUGCAAUGAAA